AUGUCAUUGACAUUAUCACCAACGCUCUCCAAACUCUCUCUGUCUCUUGUUUUGCUCAUCUUUGUGUCACUUUCUUCCUCGUAUGCAUCUUUUAGCCUCGUCCAUGACGAUGCUGGUUCUGUCCCACGAAUGAUCGUGGAGAAGAAGUUCUCAUUUCUUGGUAAUGCUGGGCCUCCGGUUCAAGACCUUGGUCACCAUGCAGGUUACUAUUCACUUCCUAAUUCCAAAUCUGCAAGAAUGUUCUACUUUUUCUUUGAAUCACGGCACAGUAGGGAUGAUCCUGUUGUUAUAUGGUUGACCGGAGGACCAGGUUGCGGCAGUGAACUAGCUUUGUUUUACGAAAAUGGUCCUUUCCAUAUUGCUAAUAACUUGUCCCUUAUAUGGAAUGAUUAUGGCUGGGACCAAGCAUCAAAUAUUAUAUUUGUUGACCAACCUAUAGGGACAGGUUUUAGCUACUCUUCUGAUGAUAGUGACAUUCGUAAUAAUGAAGUGGGCGUUAGCAUUGAUUUGUAUGGCUUCUUGCAGGAGUUUUUCAAGGCACAUUUUGAAUUCGUUAAGAAUGACUUUUAUAUUACUGGAGAAUCAUACGCUGGACACUAUAUUCCAGCACUUGCAUACUUUAUCAACCAAUCAAACAAAAAAAAUCAAGGAAUCCAUAUAAACCUCAAGGGUUUUGCUAUUGGUAACGGGUUAACAAAUUCUAUGAUUCAAUACAAAGCAUACCCAGAUUUCGCAUUAGACAACGGAAUAAUUACGAAGGCUGAUUAUGAUAAUAUUAUCAAGUUAAUCCCAAACUGUGAACAAGCUGCUCAAACUUGUGAAACUCAACGUGGACAGAGUUGCAGGACUGCGUUAAAUGUUUGUGAAAACAUAUUAUUUGCUAUCUUGAACAUAACUAACAACAUUAAUUACUAUGACAUCAGAAAGAAAUGUGUGGGAUAUUUGUGCUAUGACUUCCAAAAUGUGGAGACGUUGUUAAACCAACAAGACGUAAAAACUGCUUUAGGUGUGAGAGAUGACUUGCAAUAUGUUUUAUGCAAUAGAAAAGUGCAUAAGGCUAUGGUGCAAGACUGGAUGAGAAACCUAGAAGUGAUGAUUCCUUCUCUUCUUGAGGAUGGAAUCAAGUUGCUUGUGUAUGCUGGUGAUAAAGAUCUCAUAUGCAAUUGGCUUGGGAAUUCUUGGUGGGUUCGUGCCAUGGAAUGGUCAGGCCAACAAAAGUUUAGAACAUCUCCUACGCUGAAAUUUGUGGUUGAUGGUGCAGAAGCAGGUUCUUUGAAUAGCUAUGGACCUCUCUCUUUCCUCAAGGUGCAUGAUGCUGGACACAUGGUCCCAAUGGAUCAACCAAAAGUUGCACUUCAAAUGUUUAAAAGCUGGAUGAAAGGGAAUCUGGAGCAAACAUCCUCUACAUCUCCUGCAAGCUUUUCUCUGCGACCAAAUUCAGGACCACUAAUUACAUUUGCUCUCCUCGUUCUUUAUUGUGUACAAUGACCAAUCAAAGACACAAAUAUUACAAAAGUUUGUUUGCAUAAAUUUUUUACUAGAAAUUGGCCUUAAGAAAUUGGGAAAUUGGCCUUAAGAAAAGGAGAUAAUUAAUGUCUCUCAUAUUUGAAUACUUACCACAAAACCAAAGAGAGAAAAACUAACUAAUGUAAUAAAUAAUAAACAGAGAAUGAUAAACUUAACAGUUCACAGUUUUAUUUUCUCAUAGCUAGUGACAGUUGUAACUAGUUAUUUGUUGUAUGU